AUGGUGAUUCUUGUUCGCAACAAGGAACAAGGUGACAUUGCACAAACCAUUGCCAAUUUCGAAGAUAGAUUCAACAAGAACUUUAAAUAUCCCUAUGUAUUUCUAAACGAAGAGCCCUUUACGAAUGAAUUCAAAGAGGCAGUCAAGAAGGCAGCACCCAAUGCAGAUAUGCGUUUUGGUCUUGUCCCCGAGAAUCAAUGGAGUUAUCCAGUGUGGGUCAAUAAGACAUUGGCAGCAGAGAAACGAGCAGAGAUGGGCCGAAAAGGCGUUUACUAUGGAGACUUGGAAAGUUAUCACCACAUGUGUCGAUAUCAAUCUGGAUUCUUCUUUGAUCAUCCAUUAUUAGAUGAAUUUGAUUGGUACUGGCGUGUGGAGCCUGGUGUCAAGUAUUACUGUGAUAUCACCUAUGACCCCUUCCUUUUCAUGGAAAAAUAUAAAAUGAAGUAUGGAUUUGUCGUCACUUUGACUGAACUGCCAGAAACGAUUCCUACCUUAUGGCAGCACGUGUUAGAGUAUGCCAAGACGAGAAGAAUAGAUACUUCAGAAAAGAGUCAUUUGCUUUUCCCUUACUUUGUCAACAAGGACACGGGUGAUUUCAACUUGUGUCAUUUUUGGUCUAAUUUUGAAAUCGCUUCCCUUGAUCUCUGGAGAAGUCCUCAGUACCGCGAUUUCUUUAAUUAUCUGGAUAAGACGGGUAACUUUUUUUAUGAACGAUGGGGAGAUGCACCAGUGCAUUCAUUGGCUGCUGGCUUAUUCUUGGAAACAUCCGAGGUUCAUUAUUUUGAAGAUUUUGGGUAUCAGCAUGAUCUUUAUAGACAUUGUCCAUCACCUUCAAAAGAUAUUGGAUGUAGAUGUGAAUGUCCAACAGGCACAUCAGAUAAAAGUAUUGACCAUGAUCAGCAUUAUGAUACUUGCUUACCUAAAUGGAUACAGCACGAAAAGGAAGCUAAAAAGAAGAAAAGCUGGGAUGUUUGGUCAUAG